AAAUUUCUUAUUUUUCAUAAAAUAAAUAAAUAAAUGAAAUUAUUUUAAUACUCUUAAUACCUUGACAGGAAUUCUUUCUGAAGAGCAUUUUUCAAAGUUGAGUAAGCUAAAGAUGUUGUUCAUGGGCGGAAAUUCUGGUCUCAUUUUGAAUGUUAGUUCCACCUGGGUCCCCCCAUUCCAACUCACUGAUCUUUAUAUGGCUUCAUGCAAUUUAGGCCCUUCAUUCCCGACUUGGCUUAGGUCUCAAAAUGAGGUCUCCUGGCUGGAUUUGUCAAAUGCUAGCAUCUCAGGUUCCAUACCCAAGUGGUUUUGGAAUAUUUCUUUCAAUCUGCAGUACUUAAAUCUUUCUCACAAUCAGUUACAAGGUCAGCUACCAAAUUCAUUAAAAUUUCAAUCUGCAUAUAUUGAUUUCAGUCACAACCUCUUUGAGGGACCUAUUCCUUUUUCAAUCAAAGGGGUCUAUUCACUAGAUCUCUCCUACAAUAAAUUUUCUGGCCCUAUCCUACUGAGCAAAGGUGAAUCUAUGUUAGACAUGCAUCACCUUUUGCUUUCGAAAAAUCAAAUAACAGGGACCAUCCCAGAUUCCAUAGGACACAUCACCUCUCUUCAAGUCAUUGAUUUUUCAAGGAAUAAUUUGAUUGGAAGCAUUCCUUAUACCAUAGGUAAUUGCUCUAGCCUAAUUGUUCUUGACCUUGGAAAUAACAAUUUAUCUGGGAUGAUACCAAAGUCCUUGGGCCAGUUACAAUGGCUCAAAUCAUUGCAUCUGAACGACAACAAGCUUUCAGGAGAGCUCCUCUCGUCUUUCCAAAAUUUAUCAAGGUUAGAACUCCUUGAUCUCAGUUAUAACCAGUUAUCGGGUAAGGUUCCUUCAUGGAUUGGAAUUGCUUUCAUAAAUCUUGUAAUACUCAACUUGAGGUCAAAUGUAUUUUUUGGAAGACUUCCCUCCCAGCUUUCAAAUUUAAGCUCCCUACAUGUCUUAGACCUUGCACACAACAAUCUGAUGGGUGAAAUUCCAGUCACUUUGUUUGAGCUUAAAGCCAUGGUUCCGGAGUAUAACAAGAAUAUAUAUCCUUUGUAUGAAAAUGUGAGCAACUCUCAGUAUGAAGAACGAUUGGUGGUGAUUAUGAAAGGUCAAAGUCUUGAAUACACCAGGACUCUUUCUCUGGUUGUAGGCAUAGACCUAUCCGACAAUAAUUUAAGUGGAGAGCUUCCCCAAGAAAUAACAAGAUUGUUUGGUUUGGUGGUUUUGAACUUGUCUGGGAAUCACAUCAGUGGCCAAAUUCCUGAAAACAUUUCAAUGUUGCACCAAUUAUUAUCUCUUGAUUUGUCAAGGAAUAAGCUUUCCGGCAGCAUUCCUUCAAGCAUGGUUUCAUUAACAUUCUUGAGUUAUUUGAAUCUAUCGAAUAAUAAUUUCUCUGGUAAGAUCCCCUUUAUAGGGCAAAUGACAACCUUCAAUGAGUUAGCCUUUGUUGGAAACCCUAAUCUUUGUGGAGCUCCAUUGGUCACAAAAUGCCAAGAUGAAGAUCUAGAUAAAAAGUGUAGUGUUAUUGAGGACAAAAAUGAUGGUGGCUAUAUUGAUCAAUGGUUUUACUUGAGUGUUGGCUUGGGAUUUGCGAUGGGUAUUUUAGUUCCAUAUUUUGUUUUGGCAACAAGGAAAUCUUGGAGUGAGACCUACUUUGAUUUUGUGGAUAAAAUUGUCAAAUGGUUGUUGAGAGGAAGAGCAACCUAUGCCAAAGAUCACCUGCGAAGGUAAUAAAUUUUGUUUGUAGAUCUUUAUAUGCUCUAUGUAUAAUUACAAGCUUUGAAAGUGAAUGUCAUUACAAUUGCAAUAAAAGGCAAAAUUUCUCUUUUAAUUUAUUCAAAGAGAAAUUUCUUAA